CAUCAAUCUCGCAGACCCCAUCUCCCGAGGUAUCCUACCCGAACUUUCCUCAUGUCUACCUUUCCGCAUUCCCAUCCCCGAAGAACUCUCACCUUUCAUUGAGUAUGGAACCCACUCCCAACUCUGAACUGGAACUCGUCUUUGACAUUCCAGAUAAUCCCCUCCGUCUAGACUCCAUCAAAAUCCGCGAAGCAGCUGUCAUGCGCCCGGAUGGACGAGUACGAAUUCCACGCAAACCCCGCAAAGACGCUUCCAUCACCCCCUCCACACACCGUCCUCACAUACUUGCCAGUGAUCGGGUUUUUCUUUGGACCACUCCACACGGUUUUGACCAUCAACACGAGUUAGAACAACUCUUUCCUGAAUCUGACAUCCUCAAAAUGUUCUUCAUACUCACCCAGUCCCUUGAUGAGAGCACCCGCAGCAACUACGGCGCGGGACUUCUUCGUUUCACCCAGUAUUGCGACAAACUCCACAUUCCUGAGACCCAAUGCAUGCCAGCUUCCAAUGCCUUACUCUCUGCGUUCAUCGCAGCAUCUGCAGGUUCCAUCUCCGAUAGUACCGCGAGCAAUUGGCUCGCAGGUUUACAUUUUUGGCACAUCGUCAACGGCGCCCAAUGGCACGGCACUGACUCCCCUCUUCUGCACCAUAUGAAACGUGGUCUCACACGUCUAGUACCUCCCAAUUUAAAACGAGCACAACGUCCCCCAGUCACAUUAGACACACUUGUCCAACUAGGUCAAGGACUUAACCUAUCAAACUCCUUCGAUGUCGCAAUCUUCGCCAUUGCAUGCGUCUCCUUCUGGUCCUGUUGUCGUCUUGGUGAACUCUUGAUCCCCAGUCCAAAUACUUUCGAUGCAAUCAAGCACGUCUCUCGCUCUAUCCUUCCCAUCAUCACGCAUAAUUCCCACAAUCAGACGGCUCAUGGUCACCAAUGACAAAAACUUGGUUCAUGGAUCACAUCAAUACCAUCUGGUCAGCGGCCGGUCAUCCAAUCAUGCCCGGACACGCCUUCCGCAUUGGCGGGGCCACAGAACUUCUGUUAGAAGGCGUUCACCCUGACAUUGUAGCAACGCAGGGCCGUUGGAAAUCGAGAGCAUUCCUUGACUACUGGCGUCAGAUUGAGUCUGUCCUUCCUUUAUUUAUUGCUACUGCUUCAUCCACUCCCAUCGCUCUUACGCGCUUACAAUCCAACAUGCAUGAAUAUUGUCGUCUUCGCUCUGUACCCUCUUAGACUUGUAUUAAUCCAAUCAUACACACAUUGCAUCUUUUACAAU